ACCCAGCCCGUUGACGACCCGUUCGGACCCCCCCCCCCCCCCCCCCAAAAACCAAAGGGGUGUCUGUCUUGCUACCCCUAUAUAACGCAUCACACAACCAACGGCGCUGAAUAGGUACAGAGAGGUAAAUUAUCCAUUUUCGUUGGCUGAUUCUCCGUUUAGCCGCCGAGAAAAGAGUGGAAAUGCAAGAAAAAGCGAAAUAAAGGGAAUUUGGAAUCUUUUUUUUUUUUUUUUGGUUUUCAUUACAUGGGACGCAAGAAAAUCAAAUUCCACUUCGCUGACUGAUAAAACUAGUAGUCCCAUUCUCGAUGAUGCUUUUGCUUUAUUGAGGAUCGGGACAACAUAAAAGAAAAUUUAAGCAUUGAAUAUUUUGAUUAUACUCAGUUUUUUUUUUUUGGCCACUAAACGCAAGACCUGUGUUCUUGUUUGUGUGGUGUGUGCGCAUACCCAUCAGCUGCUUGAUGCUUAAUCUGAGAUGAGGAUUUGUUUUUGAAGUUUUAUUAUCAAUUUGAUUUUCAGAAAAUCAAGGAAUAUGAGUUACAAAAUGAAAAUGAAAAUGAAACGUAAAUCGACUCAACAAACUGCAUUGGCCGCUCUUGGCUUCACCGAUUAAGGUUACGUUUCUUGGGUCCCAAAUAAUGAAAAAAUUGAGGAUCAAGAUUUUGACUCUAUUGCUUUUUAUGACAUUUCCUCAUAAACCAAAUCAAUUGUACUAGUUCAUAUGUUAAUAGUAUGCUGCUUUGAGUUUGUUCUAACUCCUUUUUUGUUUAAAUUUGUUUGGUUGUUAUGUUGGGAAUGACUGCAAUAUCAGAUGGAGGGUGACACCAAGGGAUCUGCUAGGGGUGGGGAAGGGUCUGCUAAAAAGGAUCCAGUUGGUAGUCAUCCUGGCCCAAAUGCACUGUCUGUUCAUCAAGGAUCUUUCACACAAGGAAUGACCUAUACAAAUUCACAGCUGCAACUUGAGCUCCCCACUCUCCAGCUGCUCCUGAUUCGGGUCGGCACGCCGGAUUCCUCCGACACCACAGGCGACGCCGGCUGCCCUGUUGAUAACAACCGUCAAUCAGCAGAUUCAGAGGCAACCGGCGAUAACUGCUGCGCAGUUGAUAACAAUCUCCAAACUGCAUGCGAUUCUGAUGAAUCGUCGUGCCAAACGCCGGCUUCCGAGGAACAGAAGAUUCCGGCGAUCCUGAGCUGCGCGUCAGCGCCGCGGAGUCAAAAAACUCAUUAG